GCGUGCGCGGUUCAAGCAUAAGUCGAGCGCUACGAAAUGAAAGCGGAAACGAAUACGGGUCCCAUGCUGGGUCAGCGUCAUGUGCAGACUUUUCUGCUUUUCCUCUCGAUUGUUGUCAACUAUAUAGCAAAGUUUAACGCUGGCGUUGCAGUUGUGGCUAUGACCAAUGCGGAAAGCACAAAUCCCAAUUUUCCCGAGUACGAUUGGAACGAAAUGGAGCGCUCUUAUAUACUAUCCAGUUUCUUCUGGGGCUAUAUUAUGACGCAGUUUCUGGGCGGUUGGCUCUGCCGUCGUUAUGGCGCCCGGCUGACCAUGUUUGUAUCGACCAUUGGCUCAGCCGUGCUCGUGCUGCUGGUGCCCUUCUGUGUACCCUGGGGCGGUUGGCAGGCCUACUGCGUGAUACGUGUCGGCAUGGGCUUGUUCCAGGGUCUGAUGUUUCCCUGUGUGCACGCGCAUUUGGCCAACUGGUGUCCGGCCUCGGAGCGCAACAGACUGGGCGCCCUGGCCAAUACCGGGCUCGACUUCGGCACUCUGCUGGCCAUGUUUGUGAGCGGCCAGGUAGCCGCCUCCAGCAUGGGUUGGCCGGGCAUCUUUUACAUCUCCUGCGCAGUGGGCGUACUGUGGUGCAUUGGCUGGAUGAUAUUUGGUGCCGAUUCACCGCGGCAGUCUAAAUUCAUAAGCAAGGCGGAGCUGCAUUACAUCGAGUCGUCGAUUAGUGCGAGCAGCAAGCAGGAGGAGACAAUAGAAACGCGUCAAAUUCCAGUGCCCUGGAAAGCCAUCCUGACCUCGGGGCCCUUCUGGUCGUUGUUUUUGGUACGCUGCACGCAAUCCUGGGGCUACUCCACACUUCAGGCAGAGAUUCCCGCCUAUAUGAACGGCGUGCUACUGAUGGAGAUGAAGAGCAAUGCCUUGUUUUCGGCGCUGCCCUAUUUGGCCUCCUGGGUAAUGGCGUUUGUGUAUCUCAUUGUUUCGGAUAUUUUGCUCACAGGUGGCACACUAACCAUCACUGGCAUACGUAAGACCUUCAACUCGCUGGCCUCCUGGUUGCCAGCCAUAAGUUUGAUUGGCCUCAGCUUUCUGGACAGCAGCCAGAAGACCUUGGCCAUUGUCCUAAUGACCGUCAGUGUGGGCAUUAAUGCCGGCUCCACCAUUGGCAGCGCCCUAAACACCAUCGAUCUGUCUCCCAACCAUGCGGGCAUCCUAAUGGGCAUUGUCAAUACGGGCGCAAACAUUGUGCCCAUUCUGACGCCGCUGCUUGUGGGGAUUAUUGUCAAGAAUGAGCAAGAUCGUGUUGAGUGGCAGGUGGUUUUCAUUAUUUCUGCAGUCAUUUUCUUUGUGGGCAAUCUGUUCUACAUUCUAUUCGGAAAAAUGGUAAAUCAGCCGUGGAAUGCCGCCGACUUUCUCGAUCAGCAAAAGGAGCCUCUCCGCCAAGAGGAGGGGCAAGCAGCUAAAGCUAAUGCAAAAGCCAUCGAGGCACUGCAAAAUGAGAAGCAAGAGACAGCUAAAGAUAAGGAUAAAUCUGAAGAAGUAAAACUUGAACAAAAUUACGACAAAUCGAAACUCAGCGGAUCCACAUAGUUCUAUUAACUGAACAGGCCAUGUAAUCGUGGAAUAGUGAUAACAACAAAUAUGAAAUAGCAGUGCUUAUAGUACUUAGUUAUACCAAUUAAG